AGAGAGAGAGAGAGAGAGAUUCACCCGGUGAGCAGCGAGCAAACAGCGCUCGAUUUCAGCUAUUUCGAGGAUCAAAUGAAGUGUCGUGCCUCUGCUGCUGUCGUCGUAGCUAAAUGUCCUUGUGCCGUGUCCCAUGGAACCUCAUGACCCCACUCCUCCCAAGGAUUACUACAAAAUUUUGGAGGUGGAUUAUGAUGCAACUGACGACAAAAUCAGAUUGAACUAUCGGAGGCUUGCAUUGAAGUGGCAUCCUGACAAACACAAGGGUGAUGAUGCUGUGACCUCAAAAUUCCAAGAGAUUAAUGAAGCUUAUAGUGUGCUGAGCGAUCCUGUCAAACGCUUUGAUUAUGAUUUAACUGGGAUUUAUGAGAUCGAGAAGUAUACCUUGACGGAGUAUCUUGCCAGAUUCAAAGGAAUGAUAUUGACCUGUAAUGGGCUCGGUAUUGGUCAUCCCUCAGAAGGGGCAGAGCACUUGACCAAUGGUGGUAACAUUGCAGAUGAAUGAGGAUUUCUCUUCAGUUAAAAUACAUGUGUUUCCAUGCCAUGAGAGGCUUCGGUUUAGGAGAAACGCUUGAAUUCAUUACUGCAAAGAUGCUGCCUGAUGGAGGAAGAGAAAUAAGCUAACGAUAUUAUGAGGAAUAUCCAAUUGAAACCCGAUACAUCUCGGGCGACCAAUACACCCAUGUUUAAGGGAUCACUACAUGUAUUCCUUCAUUAUUCUUGAUUUGUACAUUACCCUGUCAUACAAUGUUGAAUUUGAUUCAUUUGUCUGU